AUGGUAAAGCGUGCAACAUUUGUAAUAUGGGCUGUGUUCUCGGAGUUGGACAUGGGGCAGUGGAGAUCACAUGAUUUCUGGUCCAUUAUGUUCAUGAUGGCCUUGAUGUGGUUUAUAAGGCUUUAUCUACAUUAUUGCGCUCAGUGGCUAUUCCUCCAGGCUAUUUCCAUUCCUGUUUUCAAGUUUAAAUUUUUCCCCCAUACUGUUGAGUUGACCUAUCAGCAUUCUUUAAUGCAUACACGAGAGGAGUUGUUUAUGGUUGUGGUGGGGCCUAUGUCCUUAAAUGUGUCAAUGGUCCUUAUUAUUCUUCUAAGAUGGAGCUGUCAAAUAUUAUUUCGCUCAUUCCCUACUAUCUUGUCAAAGUUUAUCAUUGCUCUGGGUCUCUGGACAGUUCUAGACCCUUUGGCUGUGUUUAUAGUGGAUUCAUUCCUAGGGAGACUUUCUUACAGUGUAGACAAGCCAAUAGCAGAUGCAGCAAAACUCUAUUGGUUCUUCAUUCGGAUAGAGCAGUCUGGCACUCCUGGGAUUCUCAUCACUUUACUGAUAUACACAAUGAUUUUUAUCAUAUCCUUCUCUGUGCUUUACCUUUAUUUGCUGAGGAUACACAAGGAAAGCUGGAUUGUAGAUGUAUUUCAACGCAUUACAUGUGAUGAAGGGGUUUGCCAUGUUCCUUAUGAUCUGGAAAUCUCGAAUCAAGAAUUAAGCCAUAUUGUCAGAAAAGCUGAGCAAUGGCGAGGUAUCAAUGGAGAGCGAAGAAAGGUCACAGUAUAUGACUACAUCUGGAAUAAAGAAACAACUAAAAAACUGUCAACCUCCAAUAUCCAGCAUCUGGAACAUUACAGUUCAAACGGUGAUGAAGACGGCUCAAAAGAUAUAACAACUCAUGUAAUGAUUUAUGCCAUUCAACUAAGAGGCUAUCGAGUCCUACAUCGACAGUUCCUUCGUCUACCAGAUGGCGCCAUUGUUGAGAUAUUUGGAGAGUUCGGUGGUAUAAGCCUGUUACCUAGUGAAGUAAACAAUACUGUCGAGGAUCAUGUCAAACAAAUCUAUUCUCCAAUGUGUGACACAGUGGAUGUAAGAGAGAGGAAACAAAGUACAGCGGACAACUGAGCUAAAGUUCUGGAUUAAGCACAAAAAUAUUCCAAACCAAGAGUGGAAGUGUUUCUAAGCAGUUUUGCAAGACAAGCAGAAGAAGAAUGACAUUGUGUUGGGAAUUGUAAAGGAAAUAUAAUUAAACAAGUUUGCUCUACAAGAACAUCUAGAGCUGCAUCUUUAAACAAUUACAACGCCUUGCAAAAAAAUGCACUCUAAAAGUCAUCUUCUUAAUGAUUGUUGUAUUUUAUUUUUAGUUUACCAUUCAUAUGCAUCAUUAAGAAAGGAACAACCAGGAUCAUAAUGUUCAAAACAACUGGAUACGCUCAGAUGAGAUCUACAUAGGAAUAAAUCACCAAGAUGCGAGGAAGGCAACUUCAGGUCUUCUUGUAACACCUGCUGGAAAAGAAGCAGAGCCAGACUGUAAAAAUGUGCAUAGUUCUCUGCUAACAGCCUCAGUGGCUAAAUAAUGACAGAGGAGCACCUGGUUACCCAGGUUUUACUGACAUGAAUCUUUGGAGAAGCCACUAUCCUGAACUCCGUAGUAUCCUGAAAGAAUAAAAUUCAGAAACAUAAUAAAGAAGCUAAGAAGGCUUUACUGUCGUAUGGGUAAUAACUUCAAUGUCUUAUAACUGGCUCCUUUUGUAUGUAUUUACUGUAUUUAAAAAUUAAAGGAGUAUUCCAGACAAAUACAUCUUAUCCCCUAUCCAAAAGCAUAGGGGAUAAGAUGUCUAAUCGCGGGAGCCCUACCGCUGGGACCCCUCCUCCCGUGAUCUCCGUGAAGUACCCUCAUUCUGUGCAGGACUGCGUCUCCAGUCUCUGAAACCUAUAUGUUUCCAGGACUGGAGAUGUGACAGCAUGCCACGCCACCUC